AUGGUGGAAGCAACCGUGGAGGAUGGACCUGGAACGGGUGCUGAAGGAGGAGAAGAAGUGGUCACGGAAGCUAUCCUUUGGGCAAGACAGUGGGAACUGUCUCAGCCAAAGGCUCUUUGGGGGAGACAGUUGCCACUGUCUCGGCCAAAGAGUGAGGAGGUGGAGGGAUAUGCGGGGACGGGGGCGAAGCGUGCCGUUCGAAAAUUUAUCCCCUGUGACAACGGGCGCUGUGACUGGAAUGAAAUCAAUCCAGGCCUCGCCGUCCGUCGUUGGUACGCUACUAACCAAAUUCUCCCUGACGGCCGCGCGAUCAUUGUCGGUGGACGAAGGCAGUUCAAUUACGAAUUCUAUCCCAAGUCCGAUUUUACUAGUUCAAAGCCCAUCAGCCUCCGUCUCCUUGUUAAAACGCGCGAUAAAGAGGAGAACAAUCUGUACCCUUUUGUUCAUCUAAACGUCGAUGGAAAUCUCUUCAUUUUUUCAAACAACCGGGCGAUUCUCCUUGACUACAAGAAGAAUGUGGUGGUGAGAAGCUAUCCAGUGUUGACUAAUGGUGAACCUCGGAAUUAUCCGAGCUCGGGCUCAUCUGUUCUUCUGCCGUUAAAUCCUUCUGGAUCCGAAGCAGAGGUUUUAGUCUGCGGAGGAGCCCCAAAAGGAUCGUUCAACAACGCCCAAACCCAAAAAACCUAUUUUGGCGCGUUAAAUACCUGUGGUCGUAUAAAAAUCACCGACAAAUCGCCAUCGUGGUCGACGGAGACGAUGCCCAUGGCAAGAGUGAUGGGCGACAUGCUUCUGCUCCCGAAUGGACAAGUGCUUAUCAUUAACGGCGCAGGCGCAGGGACUGCGGGAUGGGAAAAUGCACGUGAGCCAGUGCUCAGGCCGGUAAUUUAUAACCCUGACGCCUCGCCUGGAGCUCGAUUUCACGUGCAAUCGUCGUCGAGAACUCCGAGGCUGUAUCAUUCAUCUGCGAUCGUGCUUCGUGACGGUCGAGUGCUUGUCGGCGGUAGCAAUCCCCACAUUUACUAUAAUUUCACCGGGGUUAGGUACCCGACCGAGCUAAGCCUGGAGUCUUUUUCCCCGGGGUACUUAGAUUCUGGCGUUUCGGGUUAUCGACCGGUGAUUUUAUCGUCCAUGUCGCCAUUAAAUUUGAGUUACAAUAACAAGUUUAGUUUAAGGUUUACAAUGAAGGUUUUGAGUGAUGUUAUUACGGUGACAAUGUUGGCACCGUCGUUUACUACACAUUCAUUCUCUAUGAAUCAGAGGUUGCUGGUUCUAAGAACAACGAAUGUUACGGUAACAGUAACGGGAUCGGGAUCGAAGGUCUAUGAAAUAGGAGUGACGGCGCCGUUAACUAGUGCGCUGGCGCCCCCCGGGUAUUAUAUGGUUUUUGUUGUUAAUGAAGGGAUCCCGAGUGAAGGUAUAUGGGUUCAUAUACAGUGAGGAAAUUGUAGGUUUAACAUUUCAUCUUUGAUUUGUAGCG